AUGGCCUACACCACCGUCGACACCUACUCCUUCGCGGCCCCCGCGGCACCGAACGCAUUCGCGCUCUUUGGCUCCGCCCAGUCGCCGCGCGACACCUACGGGCUAUACGACGAGGCACGGCACGUUCUCCGUCCCUCCAACGGGCAGAAGAAGACGUCAACGAAGGGCGGCCUGAAGAAGUACUUCAAGCCGUGA